AUUUGAACCAUCUGAACCAUCUAAAACCAUUUGAGGUUUGUCCGGAGCGGUUUUCGCACCUAGCGUUACGUACACUUUUUAUUUAUGAUAAUAUGUCUACACGUAAUCCAUCUCCACCUCCAGAUUAUGACGGAAAUGCCAAACAACUUGAUAUGAUAGGUGACACAACUUACAGCAGACGUUGGCUUUUCUCGUUGUUAAUUAAACUUCUGGAAAAGGUUAAUAGUGAGACCUCUGCAACUUGGCUAAGUUCCGACGAAGAUCCCUCUCGUAAGGAGUCAGAAACAGAACUGGAGGAACAGCUGUGCUGUCUGUGGGAUCUAACUGUCAAUCGUGAUGUUCUGAAAUUUCUCGACGAGUUUGAAAUCGUCUCAAUAUUUAACAAUGCUCUGGGGAGUGUCCAAAACCCCAGGUUACUGGAAAUUAUAGUAGGAAUUUUGGGAAAUCUAGCUUAUGAUCCACUUGCCUGCCGUAAAAUGAGUGAAAGUGAAUCGUUUAUUGUCCGUGUAAUAAACUUGCUUUACACAAGAGAUACGCCUGCACUAAUUGAAACAUGCAGAUUAAUUCAAACUGUGCUUGCUUCAGAUGAAUAUAGAACACCUUGGUUAAAUGAAAUCCGAUUUCAGCCAGAGUUUUUUGAAAAUAUGCUUUUUAUUUUGAAAAGCUCAACCAAUGCCACACUUUUAAUAGGUACAGUACGUCUCAUUGACGUCAUUACACGUGAAGAUGACAGUUUAGCUGAGGUUUGGUGUGGUGAGCAUCUGCUUACUGCUAUAUUAAUAGCCCAGCACCAAAUGAAGUGGCUUUAUGGCAGUGAAGUAGAAAUCAUUCAUCGUCUACUUUAUACAUUUUCCUCUAAUGUAAAUGGUGUGUCAGCCCUAGUCAAUUCAUUUUCCGAAGUGUUACCUACUUUUGGUGUUUACUUGCGUAAAGUUUGUGAAGAUGCACCUCACCUCAUCCACUUUGUCACGUACUACAAUAGUUUACGAGCAAUCAUCCCGAUAAUAGAUGUCGUUAUAGCUAGCUUACCGUGCAUGGAUGCUAUGUGUUGUUACUUAUCAGGUAAAUAAACUGCUAUAUCAAGUGUACUUUUUCCUACCUUUUAUACACAGCGUAAUUUUUUGUAGUUUUAAAACUGCUCCACCGUAUGCUUACAGAGAAAUAUUAUUGUCUAGGCUGAAAUUUUGAUGUGAUGCCAAAGCUCGGGAAAGUAAAGCUAAAUUUGGGAAAAAAUAAUUUCUUUCUUCCAAUAUUCACUCACUGUUCAUACUUUCUAGAUCCACAUAUCCUUCCUUCUUUAAUACACAUUGCUUGUGGUUGUCAAAAACAAAAGUCUGAACUACCUUUGGUUCGUGGAAUUUUGGCCGAUUUAAAUGUAUUAUAUAAAGAUAUCAUCAAAUCAAUCAGUUCAUGUUUAGAAGUAAGAUAAAGAAUUUUUUUAUUUUCAAACUUAAAUUAUUAAUUCCAUCUUAAUUUUAAGUAGAAAAUUAAAUUCAUAAUAUGAGUCAUUGGGAAGAAAACAGUUCUGCUAAAUUGUAACUUCUUAGUGAAGAUAAUGCUAGUUUGAACCGUCUUUCCUCUGGUUGUAAACGAAGUUAGUGUUUUUCUGUAUACAUGAACUUUAGAACUAGAUUUAUUUAAUUAUUAUUUAUUUGAACACAUAAAUAUUGGUACAAAGGGGCACCAAACACAUAUGCGCCACACAAGUCACUUGAUUUGUGUGUGGGCUGUGGUACUGCCCGGGUGCGCAGACCGAAGCAGGUGAUUUUCUUAGGGGGCCUCACUCGGAACCUUCGACCUAAAGGUCUGAUCCACAAGACAAUGGAGCAACAUCAGAAGAUGCAGUUGCGUGGUAGCCGGUGACCAACAAUUGGUUCACACGCCAUUUUUACCUCAGGAUCCUCGAGCCCAUGUGCACCAUUGGUUUGGAAUCAGGAUUUCCCAACUCCAUUAGAUGGAUUCUCCAUAUCCACCAACCCAGUUAAAGCGCUGGACAUUCACUUUUCGUCCUCUCAAUUUCGUAAAGAACACUCUUGCCACGAGAAGGCAGUGAGUAGGACUUCCCUGGCAGUGGCUGUAUACGUGUGGCCAUGUGAGAGCAUUUCGAAACGGAGAGCUGACUCCACACCCUCGGCUGUACUUUUUGGGGGUUAUUGAUAUUACUACUUGGGUUUGUAUUUGUGUGAACCUUAGUGAUGUGUCAGUUUCUAUUUGGAUCGAAGCAGUGAUCAUACAUUCUUGUCAUGACUUUUCAAUCGAAUUGUAUUGACUGAAUCAAAGAAAUACUGCUGACUAUUAGAUUGUAUUGGUCCCCAACUACGGGGAGGGAGUCCGUUUUCUCUUUCAAAAUGCUCUCAUAUAGCCGCGUGUAUAUAGGCAAUCCUAGGCAAUUCUUCCCAGCUGUAUCUGCUACCUUGAUGUAGUGGUUAGGCUUGCCUAUCGUGAUGACAACCGAGAUAUAUUGGUUGGAACACAUGUUCCUUAAGGUACUACAUUGCAAGACGGAUUGGUUGGAGAAUAGUAAGUGUAAAAUCAGCAACUUGCGAUCCGAGGGCGAAGUCAUACUCCUUACUGUAGAUAGUUGUGGCAGCAGUAAGGUGUUUCCUUCGGACAACCAGCACCUUCAGUGAUGUUACCUUUUCACAGUGAAAGGAAGGGGUUCGAAGAGGUCGACCAUAAAAAUGUCACAUCUAAUCUUACUCAAUGGAUUUCCGCAUCCUGCAGUAAGACCUUUUGAAGUGCGGGACUAGUACGAAAAACCACGCGUAAAGAAGCCGUGCGCGACCGGCAUCAUGCAGUUGUCUUUUGGGCUCUUCAGUCACACUCACAAGUCGCUAAGACCACCACUAAUUGAGCUCUUUUAGGUCCCUCAAGAAGAAAUAUUCUCCUAAGGUUUGUGCAACUGGGAAGUGAAAACCGCCCUCAUACCUCUAUUAACACUCGAAGUCAUCUUGCUGACUGACUGAGGAAAAUCCUACUCACUAUCUUCUCGUGACGAGGGUAUUUACGAAAAUGAGAGGAGGAAAAGUGAGUGUCUGACCCCUAAAGCGUGUUAGUGGGUACGGAGAACACAGGUAGGGGAGUUUGAAAACGCCAAUUUCAAACCAAUGUUGCACGUGGUUCCUAUGAUCCUGAAGGGUCGAAUUUGCAUAUAAAACUAUUCUUUACCCUCAGCUACCAUAUAACUUCAUUUUUUAACGUUGUUUAACUGCUAAUUCAAUGAUUUAUUGUGUGAAGCAUAUAUAUUUUAGUGCUCCUUCGUACCAACAUAUAUGUGCUUAAAUAAGUAAAUAUUGACAGCGGUGCUUUUUUGACCAAUAACUAUAAUCUUAAAUGAUGCUGCUUCCCCAAAAACGUAAGACUGAUGGUGGAUGGGACAUUAUUUCACGUCACAGACUUAUGAAGUACCGGAGGUUGGGUUCAAAAUGUGUUGGAAAAUAACUACCCACAAAAUGGUCCUGUUUAAUCGACCUAGAACAGUUAUCCUUUGGACUGUGUGGUCGUUUUUAGGUUGUCUAAACAUGAAAAUACCAGUCCGGUUUCUUUCCUAGUUUUCAGCGUUUGUAGCUGAAAAAUAUCAGUCACCUGCAUGCUCUUGCAUUCUGGUUUGAUGUUAGAUUGUAACUCUUCCGUAUUUUUAAAAUCUCUUCGCACAGUUAUUUGUAUUUUCAGUUACCCGCUCCAAUAAUUAAUCAGUUAGCUUAAGCCGCUACAGAUAUUGAAUUCUACAUUGUUCCGUUUAAAUUGAGUUCAUGAGAAUAGCUAAAUCUAAUUACUCAAUACACAAACAGUACAUAUAUUACACUGUCUGUACUUUUUAUGCAGCUUACAUUGUAAGUUAAUCUUUGUCUCGUGCAUAAAUCUCACUAUGUAUCAAUAAGUUUGUAUAUUACUGACUACAUUUAUGAAUUUAUUUUUUUUAUCAAUAGACAAUGGAUGAUUCAAACAUAGCACCGUUAACUACAGGUGAAUUACAAUGGUUAGCAAACUUAGAAAGUGAUGAUCAAUUUGGAUUUCGUGAAGCGUUUGUAAAUUGUUGUUUAAAUGAUGGAGAUUCUGAAACUAAAGCUUGUCUUAUUUCUGUAUGUAAUCGGCUAAAGCUACCGAAAAUUUUGGAAUCAGUAACGACAGAUGGUUAAAUGUCAGAAUGAAAUGUUUUAAAACACACAUUCAGAGCUAAAAACGACGAGUGAGAAAUGAGGAAAAAUUUAACACCAACAGAUUUUAUGAGAUCAAAACAUCAGCCAAACUUAAUUUGCCUUUGUAGAUUUUCUAUUAUUUGAUUAAAAAAACUCGUAACACUAAUUGUUGC